CAGAGGUGUAGGAAUGGAGUUGGGCUCCCCAGUGCUUCAUGAACUUUAAACACACACAGACAUGGUACAUUGUACUCAGCUCAUAUUCACAUCAUUUGCUAAAUCAGACAUGAGAGCACGAGCUCUGAUCAAAUUCCUGGAAAUGAGAGCAAACUAGUAGCACAUAGGAACAUUUUACAACAUUUCUGAUAUAUAAAACAAAUUCAGGAAACUCUAGUAGUCUAGAAUCAAUUCACUUAUAGCUGAGAUACAAAUGAAAACGUUCAUGGUGAGAAAAAAAAAUCCGAAUGAAAAUGGAUGAAAGGGUGAAGAAAUACCAAGCCACAAACUGUCACUGCACCAUUACAGGAGGCUGAAUUCUGAAUGCCUCCGCGCCUCCUAUAUGAGUGCACUACAUAGGGGGUGACAUAAUGGCGUCGGUGUUGUACAUAGUGCACUACACAUGCAGUAGGAAGCCGUUUGGGACGCAGCUCUAAGUUAGCUCUCUUGUUGAGUGCCACAGUGCUGGUUUGGCAAGGAGAGAGAGAGAGAGAGAGAGAGAGAGAAGGAUUUACUGAUGGACACAAAGCUGAAUUUCUGACUGUUGAGAAACACAAACAAUGCGAGGAACUGCUGAGGAUCAGAGCAUCUGCAGCCCCAUCAUCCUCAUUAUCCUCAUCAAUAUCCUGACCUCCUUCCUCUCAGCCGCCUGCAGAUAGCCUGUGACUUCAACAUGAACGCUGGAGUGGAGUGACGUCUGAUUUCGGCACACAAGGCCAGUGAAAAUGAAAGGUGUAGACGGAGCUGUUUUGAUUUAUUUAGUGUGUGUCGUCAGCCUGGGCGCUGCAGAGGUCUCAGAGAUUACGCCGGCUGAUAUAAAUGGCACACAGACAGCAGGUGAGGUGGAGGAGGGUAGGACGCCUGUGGUGCUCACCACGACGAGUCAGAUCAUCGCCCGCGAGGGGAACUGCGUCCUGAUCGACUGCAAUGUCACCGGAGAACCUUUCCCCAAGGUGCAGUGGUUCAACUCCCACGGACACCUUUUGGACACGGAGGCAAGCGAGGGAAAAUGGUGGAUCCUGGAGGACGGUGUCCUCAACAUCACCAGCAUCACCUUCGCAGACCGCGGCAAAUACACUUGCAUGGCUUCUAACGCUCACGGCGUGGCCAACUGUACAGUCACAGUGCGCGUGGUCUUCACCAACGGAGACAUGGGUGUGUACUACAUGGUCGUGUGUCUGGUGACCUUCACCAUCAUCAUGGUGUUGAACGUGACUCGGCUUUGCAUGAUGAGCAGCCACCUGAAGAAGACAGAGAAGGCCAUCAACGAGUUUUUCCGCACUGAGGGAGCAGAAAAGCUCCAGAAGGCAUUCGAGAUCGCAAAGCGCAUCCCAAUCAUCACGUCGGCUAAAACACUGGAGCUGGCCAAAGUCACGCAGUUUAAGACCAUGGAAUUCGCACGGUACAUUGAGGAGCUGGCACGCAGCAUCCCUCUCCCACCGCUGAUCAUGAACUGCCGUACUUUCAUGGAGGAGAUCCUGGAGGUGGUGGGGGUCGAGGAAAUGAGGCACACCUUUGUUCGGCAGGCGCCCGAAGGUCAAGAAGGCACUUCUCGUGCUGCAGGCGGGGCUGCCAGCAAUGUUUUCACCAUUCUGCAGGUUAGAGACCGAGCGAGAGACAGAGAGAGAAGCGGAUCUCCUACAGCAGAUUCAGAUGACGCUUCACUGCACGAGCAGCCUCAACACAUCGCCAUUCAGGUCUCCGUUCACCCCCCACUCAAUGAAGCAGGCUGCAACGUCGAGGCUCCGCCCCUCACAGACAUGGAUGCCUGUCCCACUCCUUCAUCUCAGGUGAGUGUGGAGGCGGAGCCUGAAGAACAGGAGAUCAAGGUGGAGGUGGAGCCAGAGAGAGAAGCAGAAAUGUCUCCAACAAGCCAAGUCAUCUACGAAAGCCAUGUGUAAGAUCCUGCAAACAGGAUGAUUCUCUUGCUAUGCAUUUCACUAAUAAAAACGUUAAUGUGUUCUGACAUUUUGGUGUUUUGUCCCAAUCUGAAUGAAACACUCAAACUGUUACAUCUUCACUAUUGAUCAUCCGGAGAGAACACUGAGACUUUUUAAGUUUUGUAUUCCCAUGACAAUUCAUGUUGAAUGUAUUUUGGGAGAAUGAAUCACCACAAUCAAGUACUGGGUUUUAUAUUUAUUACUCUAGCAGAAACUAGGGCUAAUCUUGGACGUAGAGUCGGAUCGACCUACAGGGCUGCUCUUGGAGAUACAUGUAGAUUGACCAUUUAAUUAUCUGCUGAUUGUUGAUGAUGAUGAUGAUGAUGAUGAUGUAACUAAGCAUUUCAUGUGUGGAGUAUCCUUCGUCACUGAAUCUGUAAUGAGAGUGUAAGACUCAACAUGAGUCGGUUUCUGUUUAAUGCAUGAGAAAAACAUGUCGAGUUCUGAAUUUGUUUCUCUAAACGUUAUUCACUGGGCAGGACACUGAAGAGAAUAUUCUCUUUCUGUAUUUAUAGGGGAAUAAUUAGUCUUUACAUUGAACCACCACUGUAAUCCUUAUAUUAUUAUAAAUAUAACAAUAUUAUUGGUUUUACUUUACUAAAUAGGUUAAGGUGUGUUAUUUUUAUUAUAUUGCUCUUCUAUGGUUUUCAUUUUCAUUACAUUUGUCUCUAUUUUGCAAUUUCAGACAUUUAUCCAUUAUUUAUUCAUUUUCUGUAAAUCAUUAGAAACAUCAGCAUGUUUCCUAAAGAGUUUGGAAAUGCACCAAAUUUUGCAGCCUUAAAUCUCUAAAUUAGUUUGACUUUCAAGGUGGCUCAAGCAUUUCAAUCCUCACGGCUUGUGAAAGAAAUACUGAGCUGUGAAGUAAACUAGGAGAGGGACGAGAGGGCAUUUUGGAAUCUUCCCCUCAUCUGGGGCUCUUAAAGUUUUUUUUCUUCUAAGGAAAUAAAAACCUCCUGCUGUGUAACCA